AUGCGAUUACCGCCUUUGGCUGUGCUAGGUGGCCUCGUUUUUGGAACAAGGGAGACGAAGGGCUGGGAGGAGGAAAGCACCUAUCUAACACAUCCAUAUUCGACAUCAUUUCUCGAUGAUGGACCCUGUAACCUGGAUGAGCCGGGAGCAAGGCCAGCUAGGCUUAUCGAGACCAUCAUGCACAACUAUAGCCGAAACGAGAUCCCCGAGCCUCUACCAGUGCCUGUUCAAGUCGAAGCUACAAUUCAGGAUAUCACCGAACUCUCUGUGUUAAGUAACAGCUUCACAGCAGAUAUUUGGUUUAGUGCUAUCUGGCAUGAUCCUCGAUUAGCUUAUGGUCAUCUUGAUCCUUGCCGAGCUAAUCUUUCCUUCGAUGACAGUUUUGAAAGGUUGUUAUGGUCACCAAAUGUUUGUCUUGUGAAUACGAAGAAUACCCGGGUUCACAGCUCACCGAAACCUAACGUCUUGCUAAUGUUAAUGCCAAAUGGAACUGUAUGGUUAAACUAUCGGGUUCGUGUCUCAGCACCUUGCGAUAUGGAUUUAACGCUAUAUCCCUUUGAUAGUGCCACUUGUCAACUUGUCUUUGAGAGCUAUUCCUACAAUACAGCAACAGUGAAAGUGGAUUGGAUGCCGAAACCGGUGACGAUCGUUCCCGGGGUUGAGCUCACCGAUUUCACAUUGCUUUCUGCGAGUACGUCAAGGCAUACAGAAGUUUAUAAAGCCGGUGAGUGGUACCGUUUGUCGAUAGAGUUGAAAUUCAAAAGAGAAUACAGUUACUACAUUCUGCAGAUGUAUGCGCCAACGUACAUUAGUGUUUUCAUCUCAUGGAUAGCAUUUUGCAUUGACAGCAAAGCGUUGCCAGCUCGCAUUGUUCUUGGCGUCAAUUCUCUAAUGUCAUUGACUUUUCAGUUCGGCAACAUCAUUCGCUCUUUGCCACCAGUUUCUUAUAUCAAGGCCAUCGACAUUUGGAUGUUCACAUGUGUGGCUUUCAUUUUUGCCUCCUUACUUGAGCUAUCUUUUGUCGCUUAUCAGGACAAGAAGCUCAUCCUUAAAUCAAUGAAAACGAAUCUCAACCUAAAUACGUUGGUGGCUUUUGUGAAAUCAUUGGAUCCCUUUCGAGCAGCUGCACAUAUUGCCGAGGAUGAGGAAGAGCCAAGACGUGAAUCUUGUGAUUCAAGAAAUAUUGAGCUCGAGGCUCAGGAAGCUCGAAAGAAACGCGAAAUUUACACUAGAAAGAAGAUCAAAAUUCAUGAUUUUGGCACGAAAGUCGACCGAUUUUCUUUUUUCGCCUUUCCUAUGAGUUUCUUUGCUUUCAAUGUUUGGUAUUGGACUUAUUACUUAACGCGA